AUGGCGAUGUGCUGCGCGACGCGGCUAUCACCGCCGACAGCUUCCGCUUAUGCACCCCAAGGUCGGGUGCAAGAGCCUCUUCCCCCACGUUCCGUCAGCACGGGAGCUUUGAGCGAUCUCUGGGCCACGCAGUCGCUUUUCUGGGGGCUGAUGGUGCCGUUCUGGUCUCUCCGACGCAAAAUCGGCCCGAAGCUGGUAAAGGCCACGAUCUCCAUCGCGGCUGGUGGGGCUGGGGCUGAGGCUGUGCUACCUUCGUCGGAAGCUGAGGAGGCCGACCAGGAGGAGGAGAGGGAAGCUGCGGAAGAAAAGGAAGGACUUCUGCCCUCUACUGGGAAUGAGGCAAUCGACCAGUUGCUUGAUGUGGCCACCGACCUGAUCCCUGUGGUCGGCUCGGCGAAAUCCCUGGCGCAGGCGGAGACCAACAAUGAGGUGCUGCUGGCCUUGGGCGAACUUGCCUUGGAUGCGGUCACAUUGGGCGCCGGCUCAGCGGCCAAGGCCACAGCGGCCACGGUUUUCAAGAGAUCCGCGAAGGUGUCGAAGGGCAGAAGAAAGAUCCAACAACUGGCGAAAGUCAUGGCAAAAGCCACAGGCGCCAAGAAGGCCAACAGAUUGACGGUUGUUGCCAGGGCAGUGGAAAAAGCCAGCCGCGAUAUCGUCAAGUCCUUUCUGAGGUUGCGAGCGGGCUUUCGGCCUCUGCAUCGCUCUCCUCACGCCCUGGCGCAGGCCAAGAAGGUGAACCGCGGCCUGCGGUCCAGCCAUGCCCGAAAGAAGACAUUGUCGAAGAUCUUUGAGGUGCAGAGACAUCUGCAAAAAGAGCUGAGAAAGAAGGGCGUGGCUCUAAGCCGCUCAACUCCCCAAAACGCCGACGUCUGGAAGAAG